AGGCCGCAUCGUCCGCGACAUGGUUCUUUCAUGUACACUCUUCCUGGCAUCUCCCUUGAUCCUUGUGCAGACAUGACUUCCGUCCAGCCCAAAGCAGGAACCGAGCUUCCUCUCUCAGGCCUGACCAGGGAUGGUUGGUCAAACGCAGACGAGGCCACGGCCACUUGUUCUUGUGGUGCGAUACAAAUGGUUCUUCCAAUCAAGGCACCAGGUCUAGUAAAUACAUUUGUCUGUCACUGUUCCGACUGCCGAAAUUGGUCGGCGUCAGUGUUCGCGACCAACCUUACGACUCUCGACUCUCAUACACGCUUCGUCCGAGGAGAAGACCAUCUCGUGCUUUUUUCGCAAUCUGAGACCAUUUCAAAGCAUCGCAGGAUGACAAAUGCGUUCUGCAAGCUGUGUGGUACUCUCAUGUAUCGACAAGGAGCUGUAGGUCCCGGAACCAGGUUCAUGCGAGGCGGUCCAAUCGAUGAUCACGAGCUGCACAAUACGAUUCUGAAGCCCCAAUGGGAGAUCUUCACCGAACAUAGGGCAUCUUGGAUUCCUGCAGUUCCCGGUGCCAGGCAAGAAAUUGGUAUGGGCGACUUUGACAAGCAGUGAUAUGUAGUUUAUAGACAGCGAGUAUGUAUUCGGCGUUCAGAAGCCUUGGGAAAGG